AUAGGUUAUACGCGAAUACUUGAGCUUUUGAUUUUUGAUUAACGUUGUUGUGAGAAACUACUUGAAAAGGAUUUUUCUUCCAUUGACUCGAAAAUAAGAAAGCAAUUCCGGAGAUUCUAUUUUCUUCUGUCCGUUCAAUUUCAUAGGGCAGGUACUCAAUUUUUGUUCCGUGGAAAGUACUGACGAAAGGAUACGUAACCUCAAACAACGAAACCAUAAAAAUACAUAAAAAUGGGCAAACGACAGCACCAAAAGGACAAAAUGUACUUGACGUACACAGAGUGGACGACUCUGUACGGAGGUAAAAAAGCUGGCACAUCCGAAGACACUGAAGACACCACCUUCAGACGUUUACCCUUCGAUCAUUGCUGUCUCAGUUUACAACCCUUCGAACAUCCUUAUUGUGACUCCUCUGGCAAUGUUUUUGAGCUCCAACCAAUUGUCACUUACGUCAAACACUUCAAACACAAUCCAAUCACUGGGAAACCCUUUGAUCUGAAAUCUCUAAUCAAAUUGAAUUUUUACAAAAAUGCAGACGAUCAGUAUCAUUGUCCUGUUUUGUUCAAAACUUUUACUAAACACUCGCACAUUGUGGCUGUCAGAACUACCGGAAAUGUAUUCUCGUGGGAGGCUGUGGAGCAAUUGAACAUAAAAACACAAAACUGGAAGGAUCUUGUGAACGACGAACCCUUUGUUAGAAAAGAUCUCAUUACUAUACAGAAUCCCAAUGAUCCAAGAAAAUUCAACAUUUCCACAUUCCAUCACGUCAAAAACAAUUUACGAGUCGAAGAUGAAGAAAUUGUACGAGAACGAAACGAUCCCAAUGCAAAACUCAAAACAGUCUCCACCGAGACAAAAGAAAUUUUGGCUGAACUCGAAAGGGACUACAAAGCACCGGAAUCGAAGGAAGCUCGACCGAAAGAGAAAGCAGACAAAUUUAACGCGGCUCAUUAUUCGACGGGUGCUGUGGCUGCUGGUUUCACAUCGACUGUUAUGCCCAGAGAAACUGUCCACGAGGCAGCAGUCAUCGCUGAGGAUUCGGUGCGUUACGAACGUGUGAAGAAAAAAGGCUACGUGAGAAUCUUGACAAAUUUCGGAGCCCUGAAUGUCGAGUUGCACUGCGACAUUGUUCCGAAAACGUGUGAGAAUUUCCUAAAACAUUGUCAAUCGGGUUAUUACGACGGAACGAAGUUUCACAGAUCAAUAAGAAAUUUUAUGAUCCAAGGCGGUGAUCCUACCAAUACGGGCAACGGUGGCACUUCCAUUUGGAAAAAACCGUUCGAGGAUGAAUUCAAGCCAAAUUUGAUUCAUCAAGGUCGUGGAAUUUUGUCGAUGGCGAAUUCUGGCCCAAACACCAACGGCUCACAAUUCUUCGUAACGUUUCGUUCGUGUCGUCAUCUCGAUCGGAAACACACGGUUUUCGGCAAAAUAGUCGGAGGUCUUGAAACAUUAAAUGCAAUGGAGAAAAUCGAAGUUGACAACAAGGACAGACCGAUCGAAGAUAUUAUUCUACAACGAGCUCAAGUCUUUGUCGAUCCUUAUCAGGAAGCCGAUCAACAAUUGGCAUCUGAGAGAGCAGCCGAACUCGAGCGUGCUGAGCAAGAGGCAAAAAAGCAACAACGCAUCGAUCGAGCGGAGACAAGCAACACUUCAAAAGUCUAUCGAUCUGGCGCCGGCAAAUAUAUCAAAACUGGCGGGACUGCUGGAUUAAAUGAUUCUUUAAAGCCGGAGAGCGCAGCAAUCACAAGUGGUGGCGAACAGCCGCCGACGAAGAAAAAGAAAAAUUUGGGCUCGUCGUAUUCGUUGGCCAAUUUCUCAGCAUGGUGAUCAACAAUUGUUUAUUUAUGCUACAAUUUGUACAGUUGGAAUAAAUAUUCGUGGGAAUAUUUACGUAUUACACGAAACAUUGAA